AUGGACCUACGACGCGAGGAUGACUCCAGCACCGCAAGACAGGUCUUCAGAGACUGGUGCGACGCCCGUUUUCAAGGCAACCUGCCGCUGGCCCUCUCCGCUCGCAUCCCGCUCGAGGUCUUCGAGUUCCUCAUCGACGAGAUGGAUCCUCCCACAUUGGCCGCCGCAGCGCUGGUCUGUGCACCAUGGUACCCUCGAGCGAUGCACAACCUCUACCACGGCGUCGAUAUUCGCCGCGGCGCGCGCUUCAACAUGUUGUUCAAGCAGUACCACACAUCUCCCCGUGUGAAGCAGCGGCUCGCAAACACAUGUAAGCUGAUAGUAGAUGAGGAUGCCCUUCGUUUCAUCCGCACGGAUCUCGUCCUCGCCCUAUCGAGGUUCAAGUCUGUCAACUCGUUGACGCUUGACCAAUGUCGGUUGAACAAGAUCACGCAGCUGCGGCGGAUCGUGUCUGCCUUCCCCCAGCUUACCGAUUUCACCAUGCAUAGUAUCCAGUUCGCUGAGCAAGGUGCUGCUAGUUACACGGGAGCCUCGUUAUUUCAGCCAUCAUCUCACGCGCGUCUUCGAUACCUCGACGUCAGCGUGUACGAAGAACGCAUGCCGAUGUUCAUUAACUGGAUGACAUGUUCAAGUCUCUGCACCUCGCUUACGGAUCUGACAGUCCGGUUUGACGAUCCCUCGAUGGUACAGACCCCUCUUCAAAAACUCCUCGAAACGGUGGGAGCAUCGUUGACCUAUUACCGCGAGGACUACGAUAUCAAUGGCCGUGGCCACGUCAAUCUGUCGCAGAACACCGCCUUGCGAUUCUUAGACUUCGGGUCGCAUCGCGUCAAACACGAGGGCGAAGAUCAGGGGCAGGGCGCGUGGACCAAAACAACGGACGAAUUACACGGCAUCUUCUCCACCAUCCGCAGCCAUCCACUCGAGCACAUCGAGUUCCGCGUUCACGUUAGCUUUGAUAACAGCAUUCUCGAGCCUGAGCAGCCCGGCGUUGUCCUCGAGAAGCUUGACCGGCGGGACCUGCAUAGGGUCAUGGGCCAGCCAUACUUCGACGCCCUGAAGAUAGUCGAGGUGAAGAUGUACCUGGUGCCUCAGACAUACUGGGCCAGUACCCCGAGAGCUUGCGACAUCGUCGAUCAGAAGCUCGUGACCAUGUUCGGUGGCAUUUUGCAGCCAUGGUCUGCCCGUGGUAUAGUCAACGUUACCUAG